AUGAAAACUAAGUACCUCAUAAUAGUUGUGGCCCUUUUGGCUUUGGCUUGCUCCCUUGCCUCUGCCUAUGACCCUAGUCCUCUGCAGGACUUUUGUGUUGCGGUCAAGGAUCUCGCUUCUGCUUUAUUUGUGAAUGGAAAGUUCUUCAAGGACCCAAAACUUGCCUUAGACAAUGACUUCUUCUUCUCGGGACUAAACGUUCUCAGAGACACCUUAAAUCCUCUUGGGUCGAACCUCAUUGCUGUGAAUGUGGAUAAUCUAGUAGGCCUCAACAACCUAGGCAUAUCCUUGGCUCGUGUCGACUUUGCACCAUAUGGUUUGAUUCCUCCCCACAUCCACCCAUGUGGCACUAGAUUUCUCAUAGUCUUAGAGGGUACUCUGUACAUUGGGUUUGUCACGUCCAACGGAGAUGGUAACCUCCUCUUCACCAAAAUGCUAUAUCCAGAAGAUGUCUUUAUAUUCCCAAUUGGCCUAAUUCACUUCCAGUUGAAUGUAGGAAAGACCAACGCAGUUACCUUUGUUGGUUUGAGUAGUCAGAAUCCAGGGGUCAUCACCAUUGCAAAUGCAGUCUUUGGAUUUGACCCAAAAAUCAAUCUCGAUGUUCUCGCCAAGGCCUUCUAG